AUGUUUCACAUCCUCGCCAACCACAAACCACUAACGUCUGCGAUGACAGCCACGGAAGAGUUUCUCUACCCACAGGGUGACAGUCACCGCUUUUGUCUCCGUCAUGCUGCAUGUAGGGUCAACGACACCUUUGACCCGGAGUCUUGCGAGUCGUGUUCUCUGUUUGUUCUCCAGUAUUCUGAUGACAUUACUAUUAGGCUCAGUUCAAUAGCUUCAGCGCAUGUUACUGUCCUUCUCUUCCCUUCACAUGUUACUGUCCUCUUCCCUUCACCACAUGUUACUGUUCUUCUCUUCCCUUCACCACAUGUUACUGUUCUACUCUUCCCUUCACCACAUGUUACUGUCCUUCUCUUCCCUUCACCACAUGUUACUGUUCUUCUCUUCCCUUCACCACAUGUUACUGUCCUUCUCUUCCCUUCACAUGUUACUGUCCUCUUCCCUUCACAACAUGUUACUGUCCUCUUCCCUUCACCACAUGUUACUGUUCUUCUCUUCCCUUCACCACAUGUUACUGUUCUUCUCUUCCCUUCACCACAUGUUACUGUUCUUCUCUUCCCUUCACCACAUGUUACUGUCCUUCUCUUCCCUUCACCACAUGUUACUGUUCUUCUCUUCCCUUCACCACAUGUUACUGUUCUUCUCUUCCCUUCACCACAUGUUACUGUCCUUCUCUUCCCUUCACCACAUGUUACUGUUCUUCUCUUCCCUUCACCACAUGUUACUGUCCUUCUCUUCCCUUCACCACGUUACUGCCCUCUUCCCUUCACCACAUGUUACUGUCCUUCUCUUCCCUUCACCACAUGUUACUGUCCUUCUCUUCCCUUCACCACAUGUUACUGUUCUACUCUUCCCUUCACCACAUGUUACUGUCCUUCUCUUCCCUUCACCACAUGUUACUGUCCUUCUCUUCCCUUCACCACAUGUUACUGUUCUUCUCUUCCCUUCACCACAUGUUACUGUUCUUCUCUUCCCUUCACCACAUGUUACUGUUCUUCUCUUCCCUUCACCACAUGUUACUGUCCUUCUCUUCCCUUCAUCACAUGUUACUGUUCUUCUCUUCCCUUCACCACAUGUUACUGUUCUUCUCUUCCCUUCACCACAUGUUACUGUUCUUCUCUUCCCUUCACCACAUGUUACUGUCCUUCUCUUCCCUUCACCACAUGUUACUGUCCUUCUCUUCCCUUCACCACAUGUUACUGUCCUUCUCUUCCCUUCACCACAUGUUACUGUUCUUCUCUUCCCUUCACCACAUGUUACUGUAAUCUUUUCCCUUCAACUGUUAAUACUUCUGAAGUAACAGUUUAAGCGCUGGUUAAAGAGCUCCACAUGCUGGUCUGGUUAUAAUACAACUGAACACAGUAACCACUUGCCAACAUGAAUGAACAGGAAUCCUAGUGGUAGAGUAGGAAUUAAAAUAUGUGAAUACAAAUAGGGAAACAGUACCAAUAUUCAAUGACAUGGCAACAACUGAAUAUUUAAAAUAUUCUGCUGUGGAAGUUGUAAUUGAAGAUGCAGAUCAUCAAUGGAAGAAAUAUUACUUGCUGUUUUUCCAUUUAAGAAACAAUACUACUAAACUGUACUAUCUAACUUUUAAGUACUAAAACUGUACUAUUGAACUUUUUACUACUUCAGCACUUAAUUUCUCUUUUAGACCCCUUAAACAUUUUUGUAUAUUUUGUGAAUUUAAUGACUAAAAUUUGUAUAUUGUGUCAAUAAAUUGUAAACAAUAAAAGUAUUCUUGUU